CAGACACAAGACGCAAAUUAUUUCCCAAUACAAGACAUUUGCCAUCCUGCCAUUCAAGCCAUUAUGUCUCUUACCCCUUUUCCAAAAGCUAUGGAGUGUUCAUCACAGACAUGGGAUCUAAGUUACAACUACACAAGCAUGUUUCCGAGUACAAUCAACUCUCCACCACCACUGCUUGAAAAAAGCAUGUUUCCAAGUACAAUCAACUCUCCACCACUACUGUUUGAAAACAGCAUGUUUCCAAGUACAAUCAACUCUCCACCACUACUGUUUGAAAACAGCGUUCCCUCAAAUAACACAUUGGCAAGGUUGGGCUGCAGUAAUGCAGAAGCAAUAAAUGUGGUGCCUCGUUUCAGAAGGAGAGGUAGAAAGGAAUACAGAAACCCAGAAUCGGACGAUUAUUAUGGAGGAGGUGAUGGUGGUGAUCAUGAUGAUGGUCCUGGAGACGAUGGUCAUAAUGGUGAUAAUGAUAAACAAAACAGUGAAUUUAAUUACAGUUCCUCAUUUUUCCAUGGUGGUGAUGGUAAAGAUGGUGAUGAUACCAAUGAUGAUAAAGAAUGCAUACCAAUCGUACAUCAAUACGCUCCAGGAAAAAGACAGAUACUCAGCAGAUGUAUCCUUGCAUGGGAAAAAAGAACAACAAAGCCAUUCCUGUUGGCAUUUGCAAUGCUUUUUGUUUAUUUACUGCAUAGAAUUGCAUAUGGUAUGGUGCUUCGCGUGCGUUUCCCGGGACUCUGUGUAGUAGACCUCUGGAACAACUGUGAGAUUAUCAUUGUGACUGUCAUGGCAGUAGUCAUUUUUGUACUUUGGUUUUGUUCAAGUUCUUUCGGUUUCUUCUUUCUUUCUUUGCUCAUAUUGUUAAGUAUUUGCAUUUGUACAGAUCAGUUACUGAAAUGAAAGGAACACAGAAUGUAUAUAAAAGUAAAUGUGAAUCAAUACUGUUUUCUAACUGACUCCAUCCCACUGAAUCUGGAAGGCAUAUGUAAGCAUAAUAUAAUCAUCAUAUAAUCAUCUUUGGCUAUAACUACAAUGCAUGUAAACUGUGUGAAAGAAAAAUAGUGCAUUUAUUAGAUAGUACAGCAGUGUUCACUUUAUUUUGUAAAAUGUUUUGUCUUGAUAAGUGCUUUGAUUUUUGCUUCCUUGUUCUCGGUUUUGUAUCAUUUGUGUCUAUCCAAAUAUUCAGAAAAUAGUCAGAUAAUGUUACAAAUAUUUGUUAAAUAGUUCUAUUUACCAUAUGCUCUCAUGUUUAUUUUAUUUUUAAUGUGUUUUUGUAAAAGUCAUAAUUUUGUUAUCCUAUUUUGAGCUGUUUUCUAUUUGCAAUUGUUACUAUUUACUUUUGUGAGUUUAAUGAACUGUCGGCUUUUUAAUAAACUAAGGUAAGUUUGAAUUACGAAUUAUGAUAGGCUAUUAAUAUAUAGAAAGCACAACAAUAAAAAAAA